CUUUCUUUACGUGUCAGGCUUCAUAGACUACGCUCAGUCGCGAUUGGCUACAGAUCAUUGUUGUCGUGGUUACUGCGGCCUAGUGCUGUCCGGAGCCCGGAGCCUGUAGACUCGGGAAUGGAGCUGGAGGAGCCCAGCAAGACGGUGAUUUCUGCCGAUGUGGGCGCUGGCAUCAAAGGGGAAGAGCUUUGCCCGUCUGCUGUGCCGGAGCUGCUGAGAGUCCUAUGGGAGGAACCCGAGAAGCAGAAGAAGAAUUUCGGUGGCCGAGUGAAGUCUCAACGACAACACCGCUAUAGAAUGUGUCCUCUGGGGAGGGAGAGCUAUGCUCUAAAGAAAUUAAGAGAAGCAGCGAAUGGGAAUGACAUUGACACAGUCCGGAAUUUGCUAGAUGAAGGCACAGAUCCAUGUGCGGCUGAUGACAAGGGCCGAACAGCACUGCACUUUGCUUCCUGCAAUGGAAAUGACCAAAUUGUGCAUAUGCUUUUGGACCAUGGUGCUGAUCCAAACCAGAGAGAUGGACUAGGGAAUACUCCAUUACAUUUAGCUGCAUGUACGAGCCAUGUUCCGGUAAUUACAACCCUUUUACGUGGAGGUGCCAGAGUGGAUGCCUUGGAUCGUGCAGGCAGAACCCCUCUUCACUUAGCCAAGUCAAAGCUGAAUAUCCUGCAGGAUGGAAAAUCGCAGACCUUGGAAUCACUGCGAUUAGAGGUGAAACAGAUCAUCCAGAUGUUGCGAGAGUAUCUAGAGAAGUUGGGCCAGCAGGAGCAAACCGAACAGUUGGACCAAAUUUGUUACAGGCUACAGAGGACAAGCACAAAGGAACAGGUGGAUGAGGUGACAGAGCUUCUGGCCAGCUUCACAUCUCUUAGCCUCCAAAUACAGAACAUGGAAAACAGGUAGCCACACUCGUGACUGCUGUACUAUAUCGGGAACUCCUGGAAUUUUACAGUCGCCUGUUUACUGCCAUACAAUCUUGGACUUUUGGCUACCUUGACUGUAAUCUAGGUGUGUCGGUCCCUAACGGGAAACCUUAAAUCUGAACUUUAGAAAACAAAAUGUUUUGAAACUUUACCCCGACCUACGUGCACUUGAAGUUGAACACUUAGACUAGUUUCACAUCUGUGCAUUGCAGUAUUAUAUGGUAAAAUGCAAAUUUCCAAUGACACCCCAGUGCACAAGAACAGUAGACUACAAUGCUCCCUUCCUGCAGCACACUAAAACACCUGUUUAGGUGCUGCAUUAAAAAAAAUGCUGCUGGUCCAAUCUUUUUGUCCAUUGCCAGCUGAUGGUAGCCUGUUAAAAAUGAAUGGGCCAUCUUAAAACAACACAUGUUUAUGUGCAUGUGGUAAUGCCUCCCAUGGACCCCAACGGUCUAAAGAGGCCCUUGGUAAUCUUGAAGUAGGUUAAUUUUGUCUGUAAUACCUCCCAAUGAGGUAUUGAUGUAAGCAGCCACCUAAUAAUGAUUUAUCUGCUGGUAUUGGGGUAGUCCUAUUAUGAACCAUGUGUUGGGUAACCAUCGAACCCAUAUAUAACAGCAAAGCACUGGUGUGAACUUGCUAGGUUUACAGGCAUACAGCAUACAGGCUGUUGGAGAGGUAAGAGGUUUUCCUAACCAAACAAGAGCAAUCCAGCUGGCGAGACGACUCAUUUGCAUUUGUCCUGCCUUUUCUAACUGGACUUCAGAUUUAGGACUCAUGCACACUGGACAUUUUUUUUUUGUUUUUACAGCAGCUGUUUUUGGCUGUAGACUUUUUUUUUU